GGCUUUGUUUUCUUAUUUGCCUUAAAAACAAUUUUAUAAAUUUAUUUCAACGACCGACUCUUACAUUUGCCCCUCUCUUCUUUUCCUCUUCUCUUAAUUAGGCUACUCUUCUGCCAGAGACAACCCUAGGUGCAAGCUCCCCUCCCAAAUCCAUUACAAUUUCCGAAUCGGUAUCCCUGCAAAGAAGUUGAAGAUUUUCGAUUGAUUGGAGAUGCUGAGAGUAGCAGGGAGGAGGCUGUCUUCUCUCUCAUGGCUGUCUGCUCAGCCUUCGUCCGCCGCGCUAGCGUCCAGGAAUCCGUUCACGCUCGCUGAUUCAUCCUCCAGCGGCCGCACCGCAUCUGUUUCUUCACCUGCGGAUUCGUUUGCCUGCAUCAACUCCUUUCCCAGUCUCAUCCGAGGCUUUUCUUCUAAUGCCAUUGCUCCAGGACAUGAUAUUGGUCUGAUUUCGGAGUUGCCUACGGUGGCAGCUAUUAAAAACCCUAGCUCAAAGAUUGUCUACGAUGAGCACAACCAUGAGAGAUACCCACCAGGUGAUCCUAGCAAACGUGCAUUUGCAUAUUUUGUUUUGACAGGGGGGAGGUUUGUGUAUGCAUCACUGGCCCGUCUCCUGGUACUCAAAUUUGUUUUGAGCAUGUCUGCCAGUAAAGAUGUCCUUGCUCUCGCUUCUCUGGAAGUUGAUCUGUCCAGCAUUGAACCUGGGACAACUGUUACUGUGAAGUGGAGAGGAAAGCCAGUUUUCAUAAGGCGCCGUACUGAAGAUGAUAUCAAUUUGGCCAACAGUGUUGACAUCAGCUCCCUUCGUGAUCCACAGGAGGAUGCUGUUAGGGUUAAGAAUCCUGAAUGGCUUAUUGUUAUUGGGGUGUGCACCCAUCUGGGCUGCAUUCCCUUGCCAAAUGCUGGUGAUUAUGGAGGUUGGUUCUGCCCAUGCCAUGGCUCUCAUUAUGACAUAUCUGGUAGGAUCCGUAAAGGACCCGCACCGUACAACCUGGAGGUUCCCACAUACUCCUUCAUGGAAGAGAACAAGUUAAUGAUUGGGUGAGAAUUAACUUUCUUUCUGGAUUUCCUGCAGCAAGAGCCAGAAACCUGGGGGAGUUUAUAUUUUUAAGCUUGUUUGUAAGUUGUAAUUUCGUCUUUAAGGCUGUCCCGUCAUGCUUCAUUUGACUUGAACAGGGGCUCAGGUUUUUUGAAUAAUGCUGGCAACUUUCUCUUUCUUCCACCUAAAUAGUUGGUUUCUAAGAUUAUGACCAGAAAUAAAUAGUGCUGUAAACUGUUUAUCCAUUAGAAGCUCUUUGUUGAUUCUUGAUGUUCUUUAUAA